AUGACAGCGGAUUCGGAGCCGAAAAAAGCGAAGCUCGAUCCAUCGCUCCUAUAUUCGUCGGCAGCCGGUUUCUACAAUCCGCUAGCCGCCGCCGCCGCCGCCGCCACGUCACAACCGCAAACCACCGCGCAAUUCUUGACCGGAACUCCGUUGACACAAAUUCAGGGAUUUCAGCUGUCGACGUUGCCGAAUUGUAAUACAUCGCAAGCGAAUUCGGCGCCCCGAUCGAAAGUUGUUCAUGUUCGAAAUAUUCCGCCGGAUUUGGUUGAUGUUGAAUUGAUUCAAUUGUGUGUUCAGUAUGGAACUAUGUCGAAUUAUAUGAUGUUGAAGGGGAAGAGUCAGGUAUGCAAUUUUGGAGAGAGUUAGGCUAAGUUCAGAAGGGUCUCCUGAAGCUACUGUAUGCGAAAAAACCCUGCCGCAAAGUUACAGAAAGGGGCGGAGCCUAGGCUUGUUCAGUAUCAAAUUCAAGAUUUUUCAAAACUAUGCCGCAAAAUUGCAAAACGGUUUUUUGAGCGCUGAAAAUCCACGUGGCAAUUCAGUUCUAAAUUUUUUUCUGUGAACUUUUACGCUUGAAAUUCACGUGGUAACCGAAUUCUACUGAUUUUUUCGGCUUUUGGAAUUUUUCAAGAAUCUUAGAAAUCCACGUGGCUAUUAACCUUUAGGCUUCAGAAAAUCCUGAUCUCAACCCCGAAUUUUUCAAAAAAAAAAAUUCAAAAAUCUAUACUUAUAGCUGAAAUUUAGAAUUCACCCUAUUUUUUUUUGAAAAUCGAUUUUCAGAGCGAGAAAUUUGAAUUUUCAAAAAAUUAAUUUUCAAUUUGACUCAGUGCAUCUAGAGCCACGUGGAUUUAGAGCGAAAUUUCGAAAAUUCAAAUUUUGUAUUUUUGAGAAGCCUCAAAUUCAUAACUCAUUAUCGAAAAUUUCAGAUCAUGAUUUUCUGAUAUUCAAUUUUUGAAACGUAUUUUUCUCGGGGAUAAAAAUUAAAAAAAUUUGAUAGUUGAAAACCGUAGGGGCUCCGCCCACUUUUUUGCAGUUUUGCGGCAUGGUUUUUGAGCAGAAAAAAAGAUAUUUCAAAACCCUGCCGCAAAAUUGAAAAAAGGGGCGAGGCUUAGGCGUGUUUAGUAUCAAAUUGAAGAUUUUUUUCCAGGCUUUCGUGGAAUUCGAAGAUGAAAACAGCGCUUCCGCGUUCGUUUCCGCAAUGACGGCAGUUCCGAUUCAAAUCCGCGGCCGAACAGUUUUUGCGCAAUUCAGCACACAUCGAGAGCUGAAGUUUGACAAAAAGUCGUGUGGAAUUACGGUGGCUUCAAGUGAAUGCGGAGAUUCCGAGGUUAGUUUUUGGGAAAAAUUUCUGACCUCAUUUUUGAGCUCUUGGCUCACAGCCUCAAAUUUGUAUGGUCCACCAAAAAUCCACCAAAAAAAAACUCUACCAAAAAAAAAUUCAAGUGUCCACUUAAUUUUUCGUUUUUUUCCGCACACGCCGCGUAAAAAAUCGCAAAACGCGGAUGAAUAAUUCAGAAUUUUCUCAUUUUUUUGCUGCUUGUUUACCUCUCCUCCAGAAAAACUCUUGUGUGUUUUUUUGUUUGGAAAAUUUUUUGGAACCCCUGAAAAUUCUAAAAAAAAAUUUUAAUUUAAUUUUUUUUUGAAAAAAAAAAAUUAAAUUUUUCUAUCCUGAAAUUUGACAUUGUCAUCGAAAAUUUCUAGGAAAAAAUUCAAUAAAAAUUUUUUUUUCAAAUUUUUGAACAUUCUUGGAACCCCUGAAAAUUCCAAAAAUUAUUUGAAUUUGAUUUUUUUUGUUAAAAAAUUUUUGGAUUCCACAAUAAUAAAUUUUUUAUAAAUAUAAUUUUUCAAAACUUUUUUAAAAUUUGAAAUUUCCCCCUGAAAAUUCCAAAAAUAAAAUUUUCCAGUACUGA